AUGUCGCAGUUUAGAAAAAUGUCAGAAGAGCUGGAGUAUCGAUGCUUUAUUGGUGGCCUCGCAUGGUCAACAUCUGAUAGAAGUCUAAAAGAUGCAUUUGACAAGUUUGGAAAGCUUGUUGAAGCCAAGGUAGUUGUUGAUAAGUUUUCUGGACGCUCCCGUGGAUUUGGGUUUGUCACUUUUGAUGAUAAAAAAGCAAUGGAAGAGGCAAUUGAAGAAAUGAAUGGAAUGGAUUUGGAUGGACGAACUAUUACUGUUGAUAAAGCUCAGCCUCACCAAGGUUCAGGUAGAGAUUAUGACGGUGACCGCGGUCGUGACCGUGGUCGUGACCGUGACCGUGGUCGUGAUUAUGGAGGUGGACGUGGAUCAGGUGGAGGAGGAGAAUGCUUUAAGUGUGGAAAGCCAGGACAUUUUGCUAGGGAGUGCCCAAGUGAAGGUUCAAGGGGAGGUGGCAGGUAUGGUAGCAGGGAUGAUAAGUAUGGUGGUGGAGGUGGCGGUGGGGGUGGUGGCAGUGGUCGUUAUAGUGGUGGUGGGGGUGGACCUGAUCGAAAUGGAGACCGAUAUAGUGGGCGCAGCAGGGAUUCUGGUGGUCGUUCAAGUUCUGGAAGUGAUCGAUUCAGUCGUGACCGCUCAGGGCCAUAUGAACGUCGGGGGACAGGAGGAGGUUUCCGUUCUGGAUAG